GCCAACCAAAGGGCAUGCUUCGCCACAGAGAAGUCCGCAUCAAAAUUCCCCUGCCCAACCUUCAGGGCUGCUGCUUCAACUCGAAUCCCUCAGGUGCUGCUCGCGUUAGGAAAAAAUUGGUGAUCGUCGGAGACGGCGCCUGCGGAAAAACAUGCCUUCUUAUAGUUUUUAGCAAAGACCAAUUUCCUGAGGUGUACGUCCCAACGGUUUUUGAAAACUACGUUGCGGACAUAGAAGUCGAUGACACACAGGUGGAAUUGGCGUUGUGGGACACAGCAGGGCAGGAAGACUAUGACCGGCUGCGACCUCUGUCCUAUCCAGACACAGACGUUGUCCUGGUUUGUUUCUCACUCGACUCGCCAGACUCUCUGGAAAACAUUGCGGAAAAGUGGACUCCGGAGGUGAAACACUUCUGUCCGAGCGUACCCGUCUUAGUCGUGGGGCUGAAGAAGGACCUCCGAGGUCGGUUGCCAGGGUGCGUGGCCACCGAAGAGGGCCGAGCCAUGGCUGACAAGGUGCACGCCUACGCGUACCUCGAAUGCUCGGCCAAGAACAAGGAAGGCGUCCAGGAGGUUUUCGAGGCCGCCACAAGGGCAGCCCUGCAGACGCCCCGUCGCCGGCGACCCUUAAGAUGCAAUUUGCUCUGACCUCCAACACCAUUUUUAAAGCUCGCCAAUCAUGUAAUUAAUCAAAGCUUUUGUUCUCAUUGUAUUAAUUUUUUUGGAAAAUUACCAAAUGUGUAUUCACAAUCAAGAGGCUGAUGAUCUUAAGUUUUCAGUAGCUGAGGAGUCAAUCUGAUCCAUUUUGAAAAAUAAAUACAUAUUAUUUAAUAUAGAUUUGGAUUUUAUACUUGCUGUGUUUUGUUAACAAAUUUACCCUCACA